AUGUGGAGUCAAACUCCUUCUUUAUCAGAGAAGGAGUAAGCAGGUAGAGAACCCUUUGGUGUAAAUAUUGAAUAUGAGGUGUUUAUAUUGUACACAAUAUUUAUUUAACUUUAAGCAGCAAUGUAAAAAAUGGCCGCCGCACGGCCGGAGUGAAUGGAGAUCGCGGCUCCAAGAAAAUGGCCGCCGCGAUCUCGCGCGUGCGCACUAGUGAGGGGAGGAAGCCGUUUGGAUCUCGCGGGGAGCGCGAGAUCCAACAUGGCCGCCGUGCGCACAGGGGACCGUUGGAGGCGUACUCCAAGGACCAAAAGCCCGGGAAACCGCGGCAAAAAUGCCGCGCGGAGAAAACUGGGUUAAAGAGGUACCAUACCCAAAAAUACAAUAAUAAUAAAACGGACAGUAACCAAAAAAUAAAGGUGGAAAGAAGUGUGAGAAAAUACACAUAG